AUGGAUCGUCUUGCACUUUUACAGUUUGGUUUACUUUUACUUGCUGUACCAUUACAAUAUUUUAUUUUAAUGAAAUGGUCUUCGAAAGAUAUUGAACAAACACAAGCAAUUACUAAAAUUACGAACCAAAUUAAACAAGUAUUUCAUUAUCUGUCUCCAACAACAUGGUUUAAUUGGUUUAUUAGUUUUGUUAUUGAAAUUCCACUUGGUUUUAAUCCAUUAUUACAUAAACGUACAUGGAAACGUGGAAUGGAAUCUCCUGCUACAGAAGUUUAUUAUAUGAGAGAAAAAUAUGGAUAUUUUGCUACUUCACCAGCAAUUCGUUCAUCUCGAUCUGAAUAUGUUAAAUUUCGAGUUGGUCAAGUUAUUCGACAUAAAAUUUAUGGUUAUCGUGCAGUAAUUAUUGGAUGGGAUGAAAUAGCUUCUGCACCAGAUCAAUGGCUUGAUGAACAUCACCAAGGACAUCCAGAAUAUAGAGUUCAACCAAAUUAUUCUGUAUUACUUGAUACAAGAGAUCGACGUGCUCAUAAAACAUAUAUACCACAAGAACAUAUUGAAGUUAUUCAAAAUUCAAAGAUAGUCAAUGCUCAAUUGAGUGAUUAUUUUAGUUUCUUUGAUGGUACUCAAUAUAUAAUGCAACAAUGGCUACAAGAACAAUAUCCACUCGAUUAA